CAACCACUUUUGCGAGAAUGGGGUUGAGCGCUGCCAUUCUGUCUGCCAGCCGCAGCAGCACUGCGCAUCGCCAUCUCGCCCGCUUCAGCCAGGCGCCAUCCAUCCAUGGUACGCACCGCUCGACACAGCCACCAGCAGUCGCCCUGUUGGUGCCUUCGCGGCAGAUUGCGCUGGUCGGCAGAUUGCACCCGUUCUCGUUCACGGUUCUUCAUGACCACCCCGCGCCUCGGUUCGCCCCCGCUCCUCCGUGCGUUUCGACGUACCACACGUCCAGCGCGAUCUCUGCCACGCGUGCGGUGGGCGGUCUCGGCGACACGCUGACCAACCCGUUCUCGAGUCCUUCCUCACCUCCGCCUAUGCCAGUAGUGAUGACCGCUGCGCACUCUUCCUCCUCCACGCUGCCCGGAUCGGACUCUGCUGCGCAACGGCCAAACUUUUACGACACGACGAUCGAAGAGUACGCCCGCAAGAAGCCCACGCGGCUGUCCAUCCGCCAGAUGCUGCACUUUGGGCGCGAUGUGGACGCGACGCGGCUCAUUGAGGCUGCGCGGUACCUCCACCGGGAGAUGCCGACACGGCUUGCGCACCGGCUGUGGUCGCUGCAGCACUUGCCAUUCAUUGUGGGUCGAAACCCGUACAUCCAGAGCGUUUACGAGAGCUACGCACUGGCGUUUCGCCGGCUGAUUGGAUUUCCAGCCAUCAAGUCGCUCGCGGACGAGGCGAGGUUUGUCGAGCUGGUCAAGGAGCUGCUCGACUCGCACAACCACGUCGUAGUGUCGUUGGCAAGUGCCGCCGCGGAGAUUUCAAAGUACCUCACGCAGAGCGAGCUCAACGAGUUUUUGCACAAGAUGCUCGUGACGCGCAUCAGUCGGCGCGCGCUCGCAGAGCACCACAUUGCGCUGCACAACUUUUUCCGCAACAAGCAUUCGCGUCAGGGGUAUGUGGGCAUUAUUCGUCGUGACUGCGCGCCGGCGGCAGUCGUGCGUUCGGUCGCUGCUCAGCUGCAAACCCUGUCCUGGCGCACCUACGGCCGGUUUCCCGCAGUCAUUGUCGAGGGCCAUCUCGAUGCGACGUUUGCCUACAUUCAGACGCACCUCGAGUACAUUUUGCAAGAGCUGCUCAAGAACAGCAUGACGGCUGUGAUUGAGUCUCACGCCGGAAAGUCGGGCUCGCAGCCUCCAGAUUUGUUUUCGCCUGUGGCUGUGGCGACCGGCGGUGGUGAUGCCUCCAGCGGCGGUAGUGUUGAUCUUCGUGGUAUCAACGCAGCGCCCGAGCUGUUGGGCUUGACUCCUCCUCAUUCGAAACCAUCCGUUCCAUCCUCUGCCAGCGCGGCUGCCGCCUCCGGCGCAUCCACCAGCAUGCCCGUUGAUGCUGCAUCCCGCUUCUCUUCCAUGAUGCGCUGGUCUCAAACCAGCGAAGAGACGGCAGUCACGCAAAACACCUUUGCUGUUCAGUCGGCAACACUUGCCGGAUUGGACCGCCAGCCUUUCGGCGAGCCUGGCGCGACUGCAACGGAAAACGCUGGCUGCGAUCCCUCGUUGCCGCCCAUCAUUGUGACUGUCUGCAAAGGCGAUCAAGAUCUGACCAUCAGAAUUCGCGAUCUCGGGGGCGGCAUCCAUCCCGAAGACGUUCCGCGCGUCUGGGACUAUGGCUUUUCCAAGGGGCAUUAUGCUAGUGAGCAGCGCCAGACGCCUACUGCCACGACCAGCUCCGACACCAACACCAACACAAACACCAACACGACCGGUGCUAGUGCCGCGGCCCAACCUUCGUCCGUGGCGGAGCCGACCGAAGUUCGACGUGGCUUUGGUUUGCCCGUUUCGCGCGCAUACACCGAGUACCUCGGAGGUUCGUUGCAUCUCGAGUCGAUGCAUGGCUACGGCGUCGAUGUCUAUAUCAAGCUGAAUCAUCUUGGCGACAACAUGGAGAAUGUUCGGAUUUAGUGUCGUGGAGUCUUUUGCUGUUGUUGUUUGUGUCUAGUAGUGUUUAUAGUAGUCUUAAACAGUUCAGCAAGCUCCUUUGAUUGGCAUGAUACCUGGAUUGGAGUG